AUGGCUAACAGUGGACUCGAAGAGGUCAUGCAAUUUGCGAUUGGUAGACUUAAUCGUAUGUUAGCAAAACAAAAAUUCCCUCAAAAUAAGAGAGCCUUAAGGGUUGUUUUGGAAGAAUUGUUACAUCUUCUGAUCUACAUUGCUGAGAGUCAUGACGAUCUUAUGUCCAUUCUGGAAAAACAAGCCAGAAUGGUUCUGUAUAUGGAAUAUCUUCCCACUAAACUGCGAGGGAAGUGCACAUUGGUCUUCUUCGGUUUCUGGGGCAUUGGUUCUCUCGUUCUAACGUUAAUAGCUAUGGUCGUCAUGACAACGAUAAAUUCCUGGCGUCUUGUCUUAUUUAUCGCCGUGAUGCCUUUAAUCAUCUUUCUUGUGUUAUCAAAGUGGUGUCCGGAGAGUGCUCGAUACAUGUUGAUUAAUGGUAAAGCCAAAGAAGCAGAAGAUAUUAUCAUAAAGAUUGCGGCGGAAAACGGGAUAUCUCGACCAUCUGGUAAACUGAAAAUUCCCUCUGAUACCGCAGAGAAAAACUCUUUUCUAGCCAAUAUGCUGAAGAAAGAGAACAAAUCUAUUCUGAAAACUUGA